CUACCAACACCUUGUACUUAAGUAGCUUAUUUGCUCCACAAAUAAACCAAUCUAAUAAUUAGAGCCAUGGCAACAAGUGAUGAUCAACCUUUGCUCCCCACUUCACAAAGAAAGAACACUUCCCUUUUGAAGCCUACCCUCUUCAUGGUUCUUUGCCUAACCGCCAUCAUCGCAACCCCACUUGCUAUACUUGGUCCAAAACUAAAGUCCAAAGUUGUCUCCACCCAUGAUUACCUUUGCCGCCAUGCCCAAGAUCCGGCAUCAUGCUCCUCCAAGGUCCAAGAACUAAUGAUCAAUCGCGGGGUAAGAUUGAAUGAUCCUAAACAUCUCCUAACAAUGCUCUUGGAGCAAUCCAAAUGGGACCUCGAGCGAAGCUUGAUCACUACACGUGAUAUCAUUCAUCAAAUCAACUAUGCUAGAGAUCAAUCAGCUGUGGCUGAUUGCAUCGAGCUCAUGGACUUAUCCGUAGACAGGCUUGACGACUCAAUAGAUGUGAUCAAGAAAGCCACGAUGUUACAAGACGCCCACUCGUGGCUUAGUGGGGUUCUUACCAAUUAUAGAACAUGCUUUGAUGGAUUUCACGAGUCCCAUGGCCAUGCUAAAGAAGUAAUGGAGCCCCAUCUCAAUGAUCUAAUCCAACAAGCGAGGACAAACCUAGCCAUUUUCGUGGCGGUUGUCCCUUCGUUGCAAACAGAGGAAACAAUCUGGCCUGGCCAUUUGCGAUCAUCAUUUCCUCCGUGGCUUAGUGAAGCUGAUAGGAGAAGGUUGAUGACCCGACUUCCUAAGGAUCUAAAGGCGAAUACGGUGGUGGCACAGGAUGGAAGUGGGAACUUCAAGACGGUGAAAGAAGCUGUAGAAUCUGUGCCCGAUAAGGGUAAGGAUCGAUAUGUGAUUUACGUGAAGAAGGGGACCUAUAAGGAGAAUGUGGAGAUUGGGAAGAAGAAGAAGAACGUGAUGCUUGUUGGUGAUGGAAUGAAUUCUACCAUUAUCACCGGAAGCUUGAACGUUGUUGAUGGCUCCACCACCUUCAACUCAGCAACAGUAGCGGCUGUUGGUGACGGAUUCAUAGCACAAGACAUAUGGUUUCAAAACACAGCCGGUGCUCAAAAGCAUCAAGCCGUGGCCUUGCGUGUUGGAGCAGACCAAUCUGUAAUAAAUCGCUGCAAAAUAGAUGCUUACCAAGACACCCUAUACGCCCACAACAAUCGACAAUUCUAUCGCGAUAGCUACAUCACAGGCACGGUCGAUUUCAUCUUUGGGAAUGCUGCCGUUGUGUUCCAAAACUGUCAAAUUGUGGCUCGUAAGCCCAUGAGUGGACAAAAGAAUAUGGUGACAGCCCAAGGAAGAGAGGAUCCAAAUCAGAACACUGGCACCUCAAUCCAACAAUGCAAAGUUGUAGCCAGCUCUGAUCUCGAGCCCACCAAAGGAUCGGUUAAAACCUUCUUAGGUCGCCCGUGGAAAGCAUACUCAAGAACCGUCUAUAUGCAAUCCAAUAUUGGUGAUCAUAUCGAUCCAGCAGGCUGGUUCGAGUGGGAUGGAGAAUUUGCCUUGAAGACUUUGUAUUAUGGAGAGUAUAUGAAUAGUGGUCCAGGCGCGGGCACUGGCAAUCGAGUCAAGUGGGGAGGUUAUCGUGUCAUAACUAGUGCAUUAGAGGCUCAAAAGUUCACUGUGGCCCAGUUGAUCCAAGGAGGACAAUGGCUCAAAACUACGGGAGUUUCCUUCACUGAAGGCCUCUAGAACUUUUAUGCUAUCAUAUAUGUAAUUAUGGGCAUGUUAAGUAAGCCUUUGGACAUGCUUUGCAUUAUGAUUUAUUUAUGCUGGGUGGAAUAAUUAAUUAAGCUAGGGCUGGUGGACAU